AUUCGAAUUUAAGUUUUUCCAAAUGAAUCUGCAUCUUACAUGAAAUAACUCAGAUUAAAUGUGAUUAGAUCAGCAGGGUUAAGAAUUUGCAGCCCCUACCAAUUCUGUUCUCUUUUCUAUGUAGUAAUUUCUGCAGUAACAUGGGGAUAGAUUAUCCCAUAGGUUUUCGCUGUCUGGCCAUUCAGUUGACAAGCAGAUCUCAAUUCCUUUUCUGGUGACAUUGGACCUAGGCUACAGGACCACAGGAUCAGGACGUUGAAAAUAUUCCACAUUUCUGAGCUGUUGUUAUUCACAACAGUUCUGACACCAAAUAUGUGCGUAUUUUUCCCACACGUACCCACUGUGCAACUCUCGGGACACCAGCUGGGUGUCCCACAAUUCAACUCAAUUCCAACAUGAACUACCUGGAGGUAGCAUCAGAUCCCACAGGUUAGGAGCCCAGUCCCACAAAACUGCCCUCACUUUAGAUGCCAGUCGAAUGUCCCUGGUUGUCACGUCUACUUCUAAUGACCAGCUUUAAAUUUGGGGCUUCCCACAACUCCCUUCUCAAGUUUGGCGAUUUACUGGAAUGAUUCACAGAACUUGGGAAAGCGCUUUAUGUCCAUCUAGUUUAUUACAGAGGCUGUAACUCAGGAUUCGCCAUGUGGAAGAGAUGCAGAGGGCAAGGCAUGGGGGAAGUGUGCAGAGGUCCUCUCGGGAGCAUCACCCAGCCAACACCUCGGAAUCACUGACGCUGGAAGAUGUGGCCGUGAACUUCACUUGGGAGGAAUGGCAGCUCCUAGACCCCGACCAGAAGGACCUGUACAGGGACGUGAUGUUGGAGAACUAUAGCAACCUGGUGUCAAUGGGGUAUCAAGUCCUCAAAUCAGAUGUCCUCUCCAAGUUGGAACUAGGGGAAGGACCAUGGACAACAGAGGAUGAACUCCACCGUCUAGUUUGUCCAGACAUUGGCAAAGUUGAUAGUUAUCUCCAAGGUCUCUGGGAAAAUCAAAGAAUGCUGAAAGGUAUGGAACAAAACCACAAACACAAUACAUUUGAAAAUAAUAUUCUUCAAAGCAAAAAUCAUUUUCCUUUCAGGCAAAAUCAUGGUAUAUUUGAGUUUUAUGUGAAAACUCUAAAAUCAAAUUUAAGUUUGGUCAAACAGAGUAAAAGCUGUGAAACUAAGAUCUCUACUAAACUGGAUGGAGAUGGAAAAUCAUUUCAGCAUGACAAGCAUGAAGAUUUUCAUCUUAGAGUUAGAUUCCCUGUCAGUGCAAAAUCCAUCAGCAGUAAGUCCCAGGUCAUUAAACAUCAAAGAACUCAUAGAGUAGAGAAAGCCCACAUGUGCAGUGAAUGUGGGAAAUCCUUUGUUAAAAAGUCUCAGCUCACUGAUCACGAGAGAGUUCACACAGGAGAGAAACCUUAUGGAUGCAGACUUUGUGCGAAAGUAUUCUCCAGAAAGUCCAGGCUCAAUGAACAUCAGAGAAUUCAUGAAAAAGAGAAAUCCUUUAUAUGCAGUGACUGUGGCAAAGUCUUUACCAUGAAGAGCCGUCUGAUUGAACACCAGCGAAUUCACACUGGAGAAAAACCCUACGUAUGCAGUGAAUGUGGAAAAGGCUUCCCAGGGAAGCGUAAUCUCAUUGUACAUCAACGAAAUCAUACUGGAGAGAAAUGCUUUGUCUGUAGCGAAUGUGGGAAAGGCUUCACUGGAAAGAGCAUGCUCAUCAUACAUCAGCGAACUCAUACAGGAGAGAAACCCUACACUUGCAGUGAAUGUGGGAAAGCAUUCACCACGAAGCACUAUGUCCUCAUACAUCAACGAAAUCAUACAGGAGAGAAACCAUAUGUGUGCAAGGAGUGUGAGAAAGGCUUCACCAUGAAGAGUCGUCUGAUUGAACAUCAGCGAACUCACACUGGAGAGAAACCCUAUGUGUGCAGUGAAUGUGGCAAAGGCUUUCCCAGGAAGAGUAACCUCAUUGUGCAUCAGAGAAAUCAUACAGUAGAGAAAUCCUAUGUAUGUGGUGAAUGUGGGAAAGGCUUUACUGUGAAGAGCAUGCUUAUCAUACAUCAGCGAAUGCAUACUGGAGAGAAACCCUACACCUGCAGUGAGUGUGGGAAAGGCUUCCCCUUGAAGAGUAGGCUGGUCGUACAUCAGCGAACACAUACUGGAGAGAAGCCGUACAGAUGCAGUGAAUGUGGGAAAGGCUUCAUUGUGAAUAGUGGGCUGAUGUUACACCAGCGAACUCAUACUGGAGAGAAACCCUAUAUUUGCAAUAAAUGUGGAAAAGGUUUUGCCUUUAAGAGCAAUCUUGUGGUACAUCAGCGGACUCAUACUGGAGAGAAACCCUUUUCGUGCACUGAAUGUGGAAAAGGCUUCACCAUGAAACGCUAUCUCAUCGUACAUCAACAAAUUCAUACAGGAGAGAAAUCCUAUAUAUGCAGUGAAUGUGGAAAAGGCUUCACAAUGGAAACUGAGCUCAUUUUACAUCGGCAAAUCCAUACUGGAGAAAAACCUUAUGCGUGCAAUGAAUGUGGGAAAGGGUUUGCUGUGAAAAGUCGUUUAGUCGUCCAUCAACGAACUCACACAGGAGAAAAACCUUUUGUGUGCAGUGAAUGUGGGAAAGGCUUCUCUUCAAAGAGAAAUCUCUUGGUGCAUCAUAGAACUCAUACUGGAAACAAAGAAUUGCUGACAUUGGAGGAUGUGGCCGUGGAGUUCAGUUGGGAGGAGUGGCAGCUCCUAGAUGCUGCUCAGAAAGACCUGUAUCGGGUCGUAAUGUUGGAGAACUAUCACAAUCUGGUUUCACUGGGGUAUCACACUACCAAACCAGAUGUGCUGUCCAAGUUGGAACAUGGAGAAGAACCACAGAUAAUAGAGGAUGAAAUCUCUAAUAUAAGCCAUGCAGAAAUCAGGAAAGUUGACAGUUGCCUGCAAGAGCAUUCUCACAUCCAAAGGCUUCGGAAGAGCGUGCAACAAUUCAGUGAAAAGAAUGCACUUAGAAAUACUAUUCAUCUGAGCAAAACAAAUGUAGCCAUAAUGCAAAAUCAUAUGCUGGAAUUAUGUAGGAAAGCUUUUAAAUCAAGGUUAAGUCUGAUUAAUCAGAAGAGAAGAUAUGAACUAAAGAACCCCGUUGAGUUUAAUGCAGAUGAGAAAUCCUUUCUACAUGGUAAUCAUGAACAACUGUACACUGAAAUUGAAAUUCCUGAAAGUGAAAAACACAGCAGCAGUGAAUUCCAUGUUGUUAAGCAUCAGAAGACUUAUAAAAUAGAGAAGGCCCAAGCAAGCAUUGAAGGUGAGAAAGCCUGCAUCAGAAAACCUUGGCUCAUUUAUCAUGAGGGCAUUCAUACAGAACAGAAAACCCAUGGGCGUAAUCUAUGGGGGAAAUCCUUCAGAAAUGUCAUGCUCACUAAACAUCAGAAAACUCAAUCACAGGACAAACUCUAUAUAACCAAUGAAUACAGAAAGGACUCUUUUGUGAAGGGUAGUCUCACCAGACAUCAGCAAACAUCAGCAGACAUCUCUCCCCAUUCAGGAGAGAAAUCCUAUAUAUGCAGUGACUGUGGGAAAGGCUUCACUGUGAAGCGCUAUCUAAUUGCACAUCAGCGAACUCAUAGUGGAGAGAAACCUUAUGUGUGCAGUGAAUGUGGGAAAGGCUUCACCGUGAAGAGUAAUCUCAUUGUGCAUCAGCGAACUCAUACAGGGGAGAAACCCUAUAUAUGCAGUGAGUGUGGGAAGGGUUUCACCAUGAAACGCUACCUUGUUGUACAUGAGCGAACUCACACUGGAGAGAAACCCUAUUUAUGUGAUGAAUGUGGAAAAUGCUUUGCUGUGAAGGGUAAUCUCAUUGUUCAUCAGCGAUCUCAUGCAGGGGAAAAAUCUUACAUAUGUAGUGAGUGUGGAAAAGGCUUCACCGUGAAGCGCAAGCUCACUAUACAUCAGCGAAUUCAUACAGAAGGGAAAUCAUAUGUAUGUGAUGAAUGUGGAAAUGGUUUUACCACAAAGCACACUCUCAUUAUUCAUCAGCGAAGUCACACAGGAGAAAAACCUUAUGAGUGCAAGGAAUGUGGGAAAGCCUUUACUAGAAGGUCAGGGCUCAAUGUCCAUCAAAGAACUCAUACAGGAGAGAAACCCUAUGGAUGCAGCAUUUGUGAGAAAACCUUCUCCCAAGUGUCAAACCUUCUUAAACAUAAGAAAAUGCACACAAGAGAAAUGAGUAGAUACAGUCAAGUUGGAAAUUUUUUUAAUGGAGAGUCACAGCGCAUUACUUACAAGUGAACUCGUGUAAUAAAACCCUUAUUAAUGCAAUCUUUGUGGAAAUGCCUUCUGUGGCAACCAAGACCUCAUUAACGUCAGUGUUUCUAGCAGAUCAGAGUGCAAACACAGUACUGCCUGUUGUCUGAUGUAUGUCCUAAGGAAAUUGUGGAAUUUUCCCAGGAUAUAAACCUUGUGAACAUGCUAACUGUAGUAGUGCAUUUAGCAAUCCUUACUUAAUAACAUCUUCUGUCAGUGAAAAUGCAGUGGAAACACUCUAAUAUAUGCAAUGUGAAGAUGCUUUUCCAACUUCAUUAUAAUUCUCAGCAAAACUGUCUGCCUCCAAUAUAUGUUUGAAAAGUGGAUACUGAGACAAAUUUUGUGAAUGCAGAGAUGAAAAAAGUCUUCAGUAGGAAGAUAGACUUCAUUAACAGGGAUUGUCAUAGAUCAUCAGUGGGUUCAUUGUUCAUAGAAAUAUGAAAACACAAUCGAACAAACAAACAAAAAACCAAAGAAAUAAGGUAACCAUGCAAAAGUCUUUACCCAGCCAGAAGACCUUGAUUAGAGUCAGAGUUCAUGUAGGAGAAAAACAUUAAGAGGAUAAUAUAUAUUUUACAGGAUUUUAUGGAUAAGUUCUAUAUUAUUGUUAGGAAAUUAUGCAGAAGUUAAAACUUUGUGAAAAUGCUGAAUUUGGAGCACCUUUAUUCAAAUAUUAGAGAACUCACGAAGGAAAGAAGUUCUGUGAGAAGUAAUACUGUUUGAGUGCUUUUUAAAUAAGUCUAACUUUAUUUUGCAUCAGGUAAUUCACCUGAUUUGUGUUUUCAGGUGAUACUUGGAGCCUCCUUUGUAGUUGCCUUGUCAGUAAUUCCAUAGUUUUAAAAAAUCAUGUGCUUUACUUAUUCCUGAUUAAUUUUUAUUGUUAUAUGCCAUACAGGAGUGUUCCAUGACCAUCUCACACUAUAUGAUUAGCUCUUACUUUUCUUUGACUCUAAUCUUAAUUAUAAAUGUAUCAUACAGAAAUAGUUUAAGAGAAAACUGAGUAUUUUAGAUUUAUAACACAUAUUUGUACUUGGUUAGCCAAGUUUAUAAGUAUGAUCAAAUAUUUUACAAACCACCUUUAAAGUUAUUUUUGUGAAAUGUUUACUUAACUUACAAAAUAAUUCAGAGACUUCCCUAGUAUCUUUUACCCAACAUUUCCCAGUAAAAACAUCUUAUAAAACCAUAUUUUAUUGAAUCCAGGAAAAUGACUUUGGUAGUAUAGUGUUACAAAACUCCUAAUCUUAUUUGGAUUUCUUUAGAUUUUACUUGUGUUUUUUUUAAUGUUUGCAAUUCUAAGCUUUAUUACCUUAUUAUAUACAUUCAUAUAACCACAACCGCAACCAAGACAGAAAAUUGCUCAGACAACAGACUCCCUCAUGCUUCCCUUUUUAAGUUCAACCCUGUAUCCAAACCUACCUCAGCAACUACUUGGCCUGUUUUCCAUCGGUAUAAUUUUGUCAUUUCAUGAAUGGUGUAAAAAUCAUUUUUAUAACUGGAUUUUAUAUAAAUAAUGUAUUUAGUUAUACAAAUUUAUAUUUUUAAUGGGGACCAUGUAAGUUUUUCAUGUUUUUGUCAGUUGACAAAUUGCUUUUAAGAAUUAUUUGAAUUGAAAUAGUCUUAUUUGUAUUUGUGAAUAGUAUAUAUACUAGUUGAACCAGUUUACCUAUGCACUUUUUUUGUGUUACAUUUUAUUGAUUAUGCUAUUACAGUUGUCCCAAUUUUUUGCCCUUUGCCUGCCACAUCCGGCAACCCCCACUCCCUCAGGCAAUUCCCCACCAUUGUUCAUGUCCAUGGGUUGUGUCUAUAAGUUCUUUGGCUACUCCAUUUUGUAUACUGUACUUACACCCCCAUUGCUGUUCUGUAACUGUAUGUACUUCGUAAUACUCUCACUCCACCCAUUCCUCCACAAGCCCCUUGCAUCAGGCAAACAUCAGAACCCUCUGCAUAUCCAUGCUUCUGUCUCUGUUCUUGUUUGCUUAGUUUGUUUUUUAGAUUCAGUUAUUGAUAGGUAUGUAUUUAUCACCAUUUUAUUGCUCGUUCAUAGUUUGAUCUUUUUCUUAAAUAAGUCUUUCUAACAUUUCAUAUAAGGGCAUUCACUCUUGAAAGAGAUUUGUAUUUUCCCAGUUUCAGCUGUUAUAAGUAAUAGUGAUACUACAAAAUUUGCAUACUAGUUUUUGUAUGAAUGUAAAUUUUCAUUCCUCUACAAUAAAUAUGCAGGUGGUGAUUAUUGGGACAUAUGGUCAAUUAUGUUUAACUUUAUAAGAAAUUACCUGGCUUUCCUCCAGGAUGGCUGUACUAUUUACAUUCUUACCAGCAGUGUGAAGUCUUCUUGCUCUACAUCCUCCCCAGCACUUGAUAUUUUCAGUGUAUUUUAUUUUAGCUACUGAGGUCAGACUAGAUAGGGCUGGUUCAGGAUGGUAUGGCCAUAAAGAAGUAUAUUUUAUUUUAGCCAUUCUACUAGCAACACAUAGGAGUUCUAAUUGCUCUUCAUCCUCCCCAGCACUUGGUAUUAUCAUUAUAAUUUAUAUUAAUCAUUCUAAUAGGUGUCUAGUAGUAUAUGAUCUUGAGCUUAACUUGCAUUUUCAUAAUGGCUAAUGAUGGUCAACAAUUUGUUAUUUCUUUUUUUGUUGUUAUGGGUUUUUUUAACUUAUUUAUCUUAUAAGUGGAAAUCUGUAUGUUUUGACCACCUCUACCCAGAAUUGCUGGGUUGUAUGGUAGACCUGUUUUUAAACUUUUUGAGGAAUCUUUGUUACUGUCUUCCAUAGUUGCUAUAUGAAUUUAUAUCUCAUUCUUUUUAUGUCUGCAUAUUGUUCAUGAAGAGACAUCCUAUGAUUUAUUUAACAAAUUACCUGAUAUACAUUCAUACCUGUAUUAGCUACCUUCACAAAACUACAUCACAAAACUACACAUCCCUAAAACUUAGUAUCUAAAAACAACAUUCAUUUAUUUAUUUAUUUACUUACUUAUUUACUUACUUAGUGCGCUGAGGGUUGGAUUUCCUGGUGUGGGCUGUCUCAACUGGGGCUGCAUGGUCUAGAUGGCAUUUUUCACAUAUCUGAGCCUCCACUGGAAUGGAUGGCUGCCAUUCUGCAAGAGGAUAGCCUGGUUUCUGUUGUUACAAGAGUUCCAAAAAACAACAUGUCUCAGCAAGGCAACUUCCGUUCUCUGUGUUGCACUGUGUUGCUGUUAUACCAUUGGACACAUUGGUCAGUCACAGUGGGGGAUGUUACCCAAAAGUUGAAUACAGAAGUGCUAGAAUAGUUCAUGUAGCAAUCACAAGAUUAUUUUUUUACAGUUAUUAAAAUUGAUGCUAUGAAUAUCCUAGUACCUGUUCAUUCUCAAAGAGAUAAUUUUACAGAAUCAGUUAUUUAAAUUGAUUGGUGGCUCAAAGGGAAUAAGGUUUAAACUGGGUAAUUUCAACUUGUAUACCCCCCAAAUUUUUAUUACUUUACAUAUAUAUACAUACUCUAGACUCAAUCAUGCCCCUAUAAAAACACACCAAAUGUAAUGCAUACUUUUUGAAUUCAAUAACAAGCAUGAUAAUAUCUCCAUUUAAAGGUGUAUGUGGUGAACAACACUAUAUAGAUGUAAAAAAUAAGACUUAAAGAGGUUAGCAUAAUAGAAUGCUAUUAUUCCAUGACCUGCCACUCUAAAUAAUAUUCAUCAUUCAAUCUUUAUGAAUUUUUAGGGUUAAAGUUUGUUUCAUGUUUACUUUGUAUGUAUUUAAAUAUUAGUAACACUGGCAUUUAAAAUUGUUUUGAGUAUUUACAAUUUUUAAAAAUAAGUGGACUGUUUAUUCAUUUAGCUGUUAAAAAUUUAGGUUCAUCUUUUCUUAUUCCUUUUAAAAUCACAAUAAUAAUUGCUAGGGAGUAUGUAGAGAAAGGGAAUCUCUGAUAUUGAUGGUGGGAAUUGAACACAAUAUGUUGACUCUGGAAAGUAGUUUGGCAAUUUCUCUUUCUCUAUACCUAUGUAUCAUACACACAGGUAUUUCCUUUCCAUUCUCUCCAGUCUUUCAAUAUAUAUGCCAAGUUCAGUUGGUCCAUAUGUAUGACCUACAACACUUUGACUUUGCUGAUACUAUUGUAACCAUACCCCACAAGUUAGACUCUCUGCUGUUCCCCUAACUAGGACUAGUUACACUUUAGCUAUAUUAACCUACCCUAAUGUUUAAACUGUGGAGCUCAGCAAUAUUGUGACCAGUUUCUGAGUCAAUAACUUGUGACCUACUGGACAACCAACAGUUUCUAAAGGACUAGAGAACAUAUUAAUGCAAUGUGUCUGGUCCCUCAUAGAAAAGAAAUGGCCACAGGGCAAUAAUUUAAAAGCUUACUUUGCAAAAAAUAAUAGAGACUGGAGACUACCCUUGAUGCAGAUGACCUUAGAUGGUGUCUAGAAGCUGCUCCUUGAGAUAUCAAGAGGCUGAAUACCAUAGGAACUUACCCUAACUCCCCCUCCCACUCCCCUUUUCCAGCUGAAAAACGCUUAAACUAAUCCCACUGUUAGAUCUCCCUUCUUUUCAGUUGGUGCCUCCUCAGUUAAUAAAGCUUACUCCAAACUCUUGAGGUUUUGAGUUUGGAGACACUAUUAGCAAUUGGCACAUGUACUAUAACAUGACUUAUUCUCCUGUACACUGUCAUAUUUCCCAAAUUUUAGGCCACUGGUCUCCUCUGGGGUCCACAGGGAAAGUUCCACCAAGAGCCAUCCUUCCCAUUAGGACCUCAUCUUGCCUAGCUUUCACUGGUUUCUAGUGGCCUUUCCCCCAUGACUCACUCAUGGCUGCCACCCCUCUACCAUCAAAGCUUCUCUAAACCACAUUCUCUGUUCAAAAGCCCCUCCCAGCCAGUUUCAGCCAGAAACUCGGCUCAGAUUCUCAAGAGUGAGUUCAUGUAGGGGCAGCUACACUUCCUGUAAGAUGGUGGUCCCACUGGGCUGUUUUCCCAAUUUGUAUGGAGUAAACAUCGCUGCAAUUUUAACUUUCUUGUUAGCUGCUGGAAGCCAGUGCACACAAGUCUUUUUUUUUUUUUUUUGAAGAUUUUAUUAGAGGGGAAGGAAGGGAGAAAGGAGAGAAAUAUCAAUGUGUGGUUGCCUCUCGCAUGCCUCCUACAGACCCUGCAACCCAGACAUGUGUCCUGGCUGGGAAUUGAACCAGCAAGCCUUUGUUUCACAGGCCAGCACUGAAUCCACUCUGCCACACUAGUCAGGGCCUUUUUUUUUCUUUAAGAUUUCAUUUAUUUUUAGAGAGAAGGGAAGGGAGGGAGACAGAGGGGGAAAGAAACAUGGAUCGAAUGCCUCUUGCAUCUGGGAGUAAGCACCUGGGGUUCAGAUGCAUUGUGGGCUGAUAGUUUGGAGGCCCUGAUAUCUGAGCCUGUGUAUAGAGCUCAAACCUUGGCUGCUGAAACAGAUUUAAUGUACAUUCACUAUUCCCUACUGCCUCUGAGGUCCAAGGCCAUUUUUCACCAGUAGUUCUGGCACCCAAUUGUUGCCAGUGAAAAGGUGUUUUUUUUGCAGUGUCCAGAAUAAGGAAUUUCAAAUGGCACAUUUGGGGAAAAGUUUAAAUGUGAUGGCAAGAUUGUAUUCAGGUAAAGGAAAAUAACAUACGCUUGUGGGUGUAGGGGGUGGGCAGGCUCUAACAAUAGCCAGGAAGCUCCUGUUAAUCCUCCAUAUAUUUACUUGGUUCUUGGUAAGAACAAGGUACCAUUCAAACCAUCCAACCAACCUUCCUGAUUCUUUUGGGACUUGAGUUGGGCCCUCCUCCCAACCAGUCCUUUUCCUGGGUCAUUUUGACUCUUGCUGCGCAAGAUCAAAGGUAACCUCUCCCUGUGCCAUCUCAACUUCUAUUGCACAAUUCAAAAAGUUCUAGUUUGCCACCUGGCUUCUGUUGCCCAUCAGAGGACUUUUCUGCUUCCUC